AUGGUCUCCAAGCACUACUUAGACCAGCGUGAGGCAUGGCUAAUUGCUGGUACUCUUGACGUCUUCUGUGUGCAAUGGAUUGAUCGCGAAAGCGCACAAGCAUACGAUCAUAUGGCAUACCGGGAGAAAGAAGAUAGGACGGAGGAGCUGUGGGACGAAUGGAGGAGGCAGGAUGUCAUUGACAGGGAAAGUCGCGCAGCUCUUCGAGGGGCCGCGAGAGAUAAACCCCGUCAUGACAGGCUGCCAUUGUCCACUUUUGACACCCUUGCGCCACCGUUCAGCGACCAGGACAUCUCAGACUAUCUCAGCCAUCAGCCGGCCGAGAAGCGGAGGUUGAUGAGUUUCCAGGACUCGCUUCCUGUGCUCUCGAUAGAGGAUCUCAAGAAGACGGACUUGAAGAAAUGGUCAAAGCCUAUGCGACUUGGGUCUCCUGUUGCCAACCAGUACCUGUCCUACAUUCGUGAUGAUAUCAAGGUCCAGGCAGAUAAAAUAAUCCGUAAUUGGGGGCCGGCACCCCAGUAA